UCUCAAGACAACUCAGUCCCUUUCCCAUACUCCAUAAUAAAUUCUCAUUUCUAUACUCCUUAAAACUGAAGACCAGACGACACUAGUUUCCUUAACAUCAAAUGAGUACAUUUUAAUAUGUAAACAUGCAGCAAGAGCAAGCAUCAACAGCAGGAGUCUCAUCCUCGAUUCGAAGACCACGAGUAAGAUGAUGUGAUAACAUUCUCCACUGACUAACUACAACUACUUACUUACAUGAUUGAUAAUGGAGGCCACUACAUCGAUUCCCGCUGGGCGGCCGCUCCCGUCUGUGUCACCAACUGCAGGUCAGCCAGGCCCUACGGAGGAAACUGAGAACAAAAAGCAACUUCGGGAAAGUUCAAACUCUGUCAGUGCCACUUCUGCUUCUCCGACGCGCUCUCCCCUGUCUUCUUCUGAAACGUCGGAGCCGGCAGCAGCUUCGACCCUUUUGGAACAGCAAGAUCGAGAACAAGUCAAUAAAGGUGCGGCACAAUUUGCUGCCCCGUGGUCUGACACUACUUGCAUGAAGAUCGUCGGGGAUAGAAGUAGAACAACCACAAGAACGGACGACGAACAGACGGGCGAUCUCAUUCUCGCAGAUCAUGGACCACAGGUGACGAAAGGCGGUCGGGACGAGAUGGGGGCCAUCCGUAAUGCUAAAAAUGAGGUGGAUACCGUAGACAUGGACGAGCAGGCGCAUAACUAUAAUCAUUAUGAAGAUGGUGAUGAAGACCAGAAAGAUGACAUUAUUAUGGAGACCACGUCUGAUGAAUCUAGUAAGGUGCCGGAAGCAACGAGGACCAAUGUUGAGGAAGGGGAUGAUCCUCAGGGUUGUACACCGCUAUUUUGUACAACAACUACGGAAGUCAAGGGUGACGCAGUCAUGCUCCCGGUCGCGACCGCUUCGCUCGACACAGCUCAACAUGUUGGUGAAAGAAAGAACGAUGGAACUUCUCAACGGCAAGACGUGGAGGAGAUGAAAAACUUAGAAGAAGUUGCAGGAGCUGCAGCUUCUAAGGUAACUACAACUCCUAACGAAUACCGUGCAGCUAGUGCUGGCAGUUCUUUGGAUGUGGGUGAUGCUUCUGGUUCUUGUUGUGAUCAUGUUGGUGAAAGAACCGAGAAAAUGGGUGUUGCAGCUUUGGAAGCAUGUGAAGAGGAGGAAGGUGUUGAAAUAAGCUUGAUUUUCAAAAUGGAAGAUACAACAAGUCGUGGCUCAUUGGAUUUUUCUACUGCAACAGGUGCUGUUGAAAAGGCUCAUGGGGAUGCGCAAGACCAAGCACGCGAGCCGUCUGGACAGGGUGAAGACGGGGGACAAGAACAAGGGAAUGAUGUGGAUAUGGAGGUGGAAUGUGCAGAUGAACAUGAUGCGCAAGCCAUAGCCGAAAGUAGGCCCCUGGAAGAAACUUCUCAGCCUGAAGCUGUAAAACAGCAAGAUGUUGACGCGUUUGAUGCAUCGGGCUCGCCAUCUAGCGCAACGCCUCCUGAUGCGUCGCCUCAGGAUGAUAGAGUCAGCAAUGCUAUUGCAACGAUGUCAGAUGAGCAGCAAAACUCAAAUCCUACCGAAGUAGGCGGUGGAGCGGGCCUGUUGCUCGAUGGCUCUCAGCCAGGUACAAGCAGUUCUUCGACUACGCCGAACAAGAGUGCUGGCGUAACAGAAGCGAACUCUUUAAGCGCUCAGCCUGUAGAAUACGUCACGCCCUUGAAUCCACGAUCAGUCCCAGCGAAUGAACGCACUCUGCCGCGCCCUCGUGGGCCGUUCAUUUAUUGCGCGCCAAUUGUAGGCGACAUAGUACGCUUGGCGGACGUUCGCGAAGAAGAUCUAUUGGCGGCAGGUACAGCUCCAGCAGACACGCAGUCGUCCUCAUCUUCUACAGCUGGCGCAACAGUUCACAAAAAUCUUGAUAAACUACAGGGAUCAUUAGCGUCGCUGGAUAGCGACCAGAAGAUGCACACUGUUACAGCAGACGAAGAAAGCACGAGCCUCGUCAUGGCAGCGACGAAUGUGGAUCAAAAUACCUCUUCGCACGACUCUAACGAAGUCCCAGACUUUGGGCGCGUGCUGGAGGUGAUCACCAACCGUGAGGAGUUUUGUUACAAGUACGGCGCGACGCAUCCGAAAGUGAUGCUUUCCCUAGCGACGGAGCGCUCUCGAGAACUGCGGCACGCAGGGUUCAACUCCCAGCGCUGGAUGAAAACAUUUGAGCUCGAUCGCAAUCCCAUCGUCAAAGUGCGCCUUCUCUACAACACCGCCAAGCUUCGCGCUCGCUUCUCUGCAUGGCGGGACAAAAUUCAUACAGCCUUUGACGUGCAAGUCGCGAAGGUGGUGGAAAAACUACCCGCAGAGGAUCCAACUUCCAGGAGUGCAGAAACUUGCAAAAGCACUGGGCUAACGAUCAGUGAGGCGUGGGCUCGUGGUUUGUUGUCGCCAGAGGCGGGGGCAGAAGUACGCAAAGGAAAAGACGAGAAUGACGCCCCUCUAGCUGCUCACGCAAUUACGGACUCUUCAAACGACAACGAUAACGAACGAGUUCGACUCCUGAGCGAAUUCUACGUGGUAGGAACACGAGAAUGUGGAAGAGCAACAGCCUGCUCCUCACCGGCCGCGACAAAUGUGGAAGAGCAACAGCCUGCUCCUGAGGGUGAAAGAGAGUUUUUGCCUGGCAGCUUCGGCGAGAAUGCUUCAGCAGUUCAUCAUGGCGAAACUAGGACAACUGAAGGAAAGGCGACCAGAGAAAGCGCUUAUGGCGAGAUUCUGUACACGCCGGUUGUCGUUUUUAUUCGGGCGGACGAACUAGUGACUUUUUCUCGCGACCCUGUGAUGAGCCGCCUCGAGCGAGAGCCACCAGAAGCGGAUAUCAUCGCGGCCAAAAAGUACCUAACUGCACGAAAGAAGUCAAUCGCGUCAAGGUGGGUGCGAAAUCAACAUCAAGAUCCAGAGGCCGCUGUAGCUGAAGACAACCACAACAGCGCCCACAACAUCAUGAGAGUUGUUGCUUCAGGAGCAGAAGUAGCUGAGGGA